AUGCGGGCCGGGGCCGGGCGGCACCGACCCGGGGCAACGAGGAACGUUCUGGGGCCGGGGGCGCUGCCCGACCCCGGCAAAGGAGCCGCUCCGGGCCCCGCCGCUCCCGGCCAAAGUUGCGGGAACCCCGCGGGGAUCGAUCGGCCCGGCGGGGACACCACGGCCCGGCGGAGCCCGGGGGGACAAGGGGGACGGUGGCACCGAGACGCCACGCCAGCCCCAGGGACCGCCCCGUUGUCAGCGGGCGCGGAGGCUCCGGUUCCCCCGGAGGCACAGCCGGGCACCUGCGAGGACCGAGCCCCCAGGAGGGGUCGGGGGCUCCUCGCCCCCGGGUAUCACCCCACGCGGGCCGCGGCCCCGCCGUCCGGCCGGGGCUGCGGUGCCCGGGGCGCUCCCGGAGCGGCGGCGGGAGGCCCGGAGCUGCCGGCCCGCACGGCGGGGGCUGCACGGGGCUCACACCGGGACGGCCCCGGCCCCGCUCCACCUGUCCGGGGAAGGCGCCUCCCGCUCCGGCACGGCCACGCGUGUGCCUCCCGCUCCGGCAGCCGCGGACACGCGUGCGCUCCCCGGGAGCCGCUCCACGAGCACGGAGCCGCCCGCACCGCGCUCCCCGAGCGGCCCCGCGGCCGCGCGCGGCUUCCGGCACCGGGCGGGGAAAGCGCCGCCACCUGCCCCGGGCCGGGCCCGCUGCCGCCACCGCCGGCCGUCCCCGGGCGGGCGCCCCACGGCCGCGGGGACCCGCCGGGCAGCGCGGCCGGGGCUUCCCGGGAGGGCUCGGGCCCCACGGGCCGUGCCGGGGGUGGGCGCCGCCGCCCCCCGGGCCCCGCGCGACGUGGCGCGGCGUGGAGCCCUCCCGAGCGCCCGUCCCGCCGCGCAUCCUCCGGCCGGACCCUCCCGCCGACCCCGCUCCCCCCGGGCCGCGGGUCGCGCACCUGCCCCGCGGGCUGCGCCGCCCCCCGGCAGCCCCGUGGGGCCGUGCUGAGUCACGCGUGGGGCGGGAGCGGGGCCGCCCGCGCCCCCCUCCCCGCGCCGCCGUGCCCGGCCCCCGCCCGCCCCCUCCCCGCCUCGCUCCCCGGCAGGGCUGCGCCAAUCCCCCGGCCCCGCCGCUGA